AUUAAUAUCCACUUUUGCAUUAUGGAAAAAAUUACUAAUAAAUUCAAUUUUAAAAAUAUUAAGUUUUUUUAGGUGGAAAGAAGCAUCUUUAAACGUUGACUGAGAAAAAAAAUAAGAUGUGAAUAAUCCCCUCAAAAAAAAAAAAAUAAUGUGAAUAAAGCUGCUUAAACAAUGAAAUCCCAUCUAAAGUGGAGUAUAACUUUUCAUCAACCAAACUUCAGUGGUGUACUGGUGUAUAGUGUAUCCUGUAUACUAAUCCAAAAUCGAAAAUGCCAUUCUUUUCUCUCUGGAAUUUUGAUUUGACUAUUCUUUUCUCACUCCUCCUCAUCUAUCCAACCCAAUCACAUUUCACCACGUCAGCCAUCCAGCUCCCUUCCAUCCCAACAACCAUCUCCGUCACCAACUUCGGAGCCGUCGGAAACGGCAUAGAUUACGACACAAAAGCAAUCCAAUCAGCAAUCAACGCGUGCCCAACCCCUAGUACCUGCCACGUGGUAUUCCCAGCACGUGGGGCCUACCUAACAGCAACAAUCCACCUUCGAUCCGGCGUCGUAUUGAUCGUAGAGGAAGGCGCUGUAAUUUUAGGGGGAACAAAGUUAGAGGAUUAUCCGAGUGAGUCGGAGAGAUGGUAUGUUGUGUUGGCGGAGCAGGUUAAUAACGUGGGGAUCAGAGGUGGUGGGGAGAUCAAUGGUCAGGGAUUGGAGUUUGUGAAGAGAUUUGAUGAGAAGAAGAAUGUGAUGGUGAGCUGGAAUCAUACGGGUGCGUGUGUAGGGGAUGAGUGUAGACCAAGACUUGUGGGUUUUAUUGGUUGUCAAAAUGUUGGUGUCUCUAAUGUUAACCUCAUUGAGCCUGCUUAUUGGUGCUUGCACAUAGUAGACUGUGAUAACACUGCCAUUCAUGACAUCUUUAUCUAUGGGAAUUUCGAUUCGCCAAACAAUGACGGGAUUGACAUACAAGAUUCCAAUAACACACUCAUCACUAGAUGCCACAUUGAUACAGGUGAUGAUGCUAUAUGUCCCAAGACAUACAAUAGACCUCUUUAUAACUUAACUGCUACUGAUUCUUGGAUCAGAACUAAAUCUUCAGCCAUCAAGCUCGGUAGUGCUAGCUCCUUUGAUUUUGUGCACUUAUUGUUUGACAAUAUAACCAUCUUUGAGUCUCAUAGAGGACUUGGACUUCAAAUUCGUGAUGGAGGUAACGUCAAAGACAUUACCUUCUCCAACAUAAACAUCAGCACGAGAUACUAUGAUCCAUCAUGGUGGGGAAGAGCAGAGCCUAUUUACAUUACAACAUGUCCACGAGACUCAAAUGCGAAGGAAGGGUCAAUCUCUGACAUUCAGUUCAUCAAUAUUACAGCAGUUUCUGAAAAUGGAGUGUUUUUAUCAGGUUCUAAAGGUGGGCUUAUCAGGGAUUUGAAAUUCAGCAACGUUGAUCUAACUUACAGGAGACAGACGAAUUACGUUGGAGGUUUGGUAGAUUACAGGCCGGGGUGUUCAGGACUUGUUAAUCAUAGUAUGGCAGGGAUCAUCAUGGAAUAUAUAGAUGGAUUUGAAGUUGAGGAUGUGAACAUGAGAUGGUAUGAAGAUGGAUCAGUUGGAUGGGAUAAUCCCUUGGAUUUUAGGCCUUCCACUGUGAAUAACAUUUCCUUUCUUAAUUUUCAUUCUAGUUUCUAUUCUGAUGGAGUAGAUUUACAGGGAAAAUAGCACAAGAUGUUCUUUCGUGCACAUUUGCAUCAUUCUUCUGUAAUUAUAACAAGAGAUCUGCUCACAGCCUGGGCAUUGAUGUGA